ACCGCUUCCAUUUUUCACAUUUUUCCAGCUCAAAUGGACCCCGACGACCUCCAGGCCGAGCCCCUCAGCAGCGGGGUCCCGGACCUGCCACCCUCGGACAUUGGCAUGAGCGUUGAGCCAGCGACCGAGGCAGGCGCAGAGAGCGACAGCUCUGACACGUCCUCGUCGUCGUCCAUGCUGGAAGACGAUCUGCUAGUACUGCGGCGCGCGUGGAUUAACGAGCGCAACUCGCCCGAGCUCUACACAUACGAGGGCGCAGCGCUCGAGAACCUGAUGGAGCUCGUCGACUUUCAGCUGCAGAGCCUUGAUGCGCAGCCGGCGAGCAUCCAGAACGACCGGGUAAAGUACUUGGUGCGAUCGUACCUAAGGACGCGGCUAAACAAGGUCGAGCAGCACCCGGGGUACGUGCUCCGGGAGAUGAAGGAGAGGCUGUCGCAGGCCGAGCUCGAGUAUGCGGAGGGGUUCCGGAGUCUGCAGGACGCGCACGUGAGAAAGUCGUUCCUGGACCAGUUCCCGGCCCACUUAAGGAGGGUUGACGAGGAAACAAAGGAUGGGCUGAAGAUGGUGCCCGAGCCGGACAUGGACAGGGCAGUGUUUUGUCGCGUCAGGACGACGGUCGGGCAGUUCCAGUUUGACGAAAGGUACGUGUCCAGGCAAAGGCGGCCUGCAUAUUUGGUACAAACUACUAACAUGCAAUGUGUAGUGAGGACCCGAUCGUCAUGAAGAAAGGCAAUAUUUUCAUCACCCAGUACAGCAUCAUCCGGGACCUGCUACGGGACGGCAGAGUUGAG